AUGGCUGGUUAUAGCCUUCAACCAUUUGACGGAAAAACCGACUUUUCUAUAUGGCAACAAAAGAUGAAAGGCAUCCUUAUUCAACAAAAAGUUUUCAAAGCCAUUGAUGGCAAAUACGCUGAAAAUAUUACUGAGGAAAAGAAAUUAGAAAAUGAUGAAUUUGCAUAUUCCUCUAUUGUUUUGAAUCUAUCCGAUACUGUUUUACGAAAAGUCGGAAAACUGGAAUCUUCUAAAGCUUUGUGGGAUAAGUUGGAGGAAUUGUUUACUGAAAUCUCUCUUCCUAAUAAACUGUUUUUGCUGGAAAAAAUUUUUCGUUAUAAACUUGAUUUGUCCAAAAAUAUUGAUGAAAACCUUGAUGACUUCACUAAGCUAAUUCAAGAUAUUAAACUUGCUGGUGACAAAUACAUUGAUGAAUAUUCCCCCAUUGUUCUCCUAAAUGCAAUACCUGAAUCUUUCUCUGACGUAAAAGCAGCUAUCAAAUAUGGUAGAGAUAGUAUUAAUUUAGAAACUGUAGUAAAUGGGCUUAAGAGUAAAGAACUAGAUCUCAAAGUUAAUAAACCUAGCCAAAGCCAUUAUGAGAUCAAUUCCGUUAGGGGUAGAACAAGAUUCGGGAACUUUAAUUCUCGAUAUAAUAGUAGGAGCAGAAGUAAGACUAAAACCAAUAGAAGUAAGUCUAGACCUCGAGAGACAAACCUUAGAGAUGACAAAAUUAGAGAUAGACGAUGCUACAACUGUGGAACCAAAGGCCAUUAUAUCAAAGAUUGUAGAAAACCUAGACGUGAGAAUAGGGAUAGAAAUUAUGAUGAUAAAGAAAAAGUCAGUAAUGUGUCUAUUGAAUCAAAUGGUGAAGUUUUUGUUGUUUAUGAAGCAAAUUCUGUGAGUACUUUUGACAUGCAUGAAUGGCUUAUAGAUUCCGGUUGCACAUUUCAUAUGAGUCCUUUCAAAGACAUUUUCACAAACUUGAAAUAUGAGCAUGCUGGUUUUGUUUCAAUGGCAAAUGAGAAAAAAUGUGAAAUCAAAGGUCUUGGUGACAUCUCAUUAUGUUUUGAUGGUUAUAAAAUGCUUUUGAAAAAUGUCAGAUAUGUUCCUGACUUAAGUCACAACCUCAUAUCAUGUGCUGCAUUAGAAGAAAAUGGUUUAGAAGGUAGGUGGGGCAAAGGCCUCAUGAAAAUUAUGAAAGGCUCUUUAGUGGUUUUCAAAGCUGAACGAAAACGGAAUCUUUACAUAUGCACCGCAUCUUAUGAUAACAUUGCUGCAUCAGUCUCUGUGUGUGACUUAACUUCCUUAUGGCAUAAGAGAUUAGGCCACAUUAGUCAAAAAGGUCUUGAUUUUUUAAAAAGAGAUGGUGUCUUAAAUGAUAAAAUAGAUAAACUGGAUUUCUGUGAUGAAUGCGUUAUGGGUAAACAGCAUAGAGUAUAA